AUGUCAGAGAGAGUGCAGGUCGUCACACGGCACAUCUUAGCGCCCAUCGCUGUUGCAGGCAGUGAGAUACCAGCGUACGAGCCGGGCGAGCACUUCGGCGUUUUCCCCGACUAUGAGCACAAGUGGCCAUAUCCCGACGUGGGAAUAAUGUCGGCACAAGAAACCCCGUCGACGUUGUUUACGUCUUUUCUGGAGCAAGCUGCGAAGAACUUCCCCCAGGUUCCUGCAUUAGCUUCCGAGAAGCCAGUGCCUGCUCCCAUCCGUCCCGGCGAAGCUCCCGCAUUGCCCUGGGAGGCAUGGGCGAAAUGGACGUGGAAAGAUUACUACGAAGAUGCAUGCCGUUUGGCAAAGGCAUUCAUUCAGUUGGGCGUGGAACAAUUUGGCAGUGUAACAAUUUUUGGUUUCAACGCCCCGGAAUGGAUGGUCAGCGCGUUGGCGGCCAUGCUUUGUGGCGGCAAAUACGUGGGAAUCUACUCCACAGACACGCCAGAACAGGUGCAAUACAAGGUUGACCAUUCAAACGCAGCAGUCAUGGUCGUGGAUGGGCAAAUGGAGUUUGAAGCCACAGCCAAACACAUAGAGGAGCUGCCAGAGCUGCGCGCCAUCGUAUGCUGGGGCAUACCGGCGCCAGCUCAGCUGACAAGGAAGGAUGGCAGCGUGUGCAGAGUCAUGACCUUCAAGGACUGCCUGGAUUUUGGAUCAACCCAGGGCUCGGACGAAAGCCUCGCCACGCGUAAGCAGGCAACCAGGCCUGGACAUGCCAUGGGCAUCAUCUACACCUCCGGCACUACGGGUAACCCGAAAGCGGUGAUGGUGCACCACGAUGCGGCAAUUGCCAUCACCUCCAUGUCAGCGCAAGACCAGACAGGUGCCUUGAAAGCAUAUCCAGCGCGGAUUCUGUCGUACCUGCCUCUCUCACACGUGGCCGGCUCGAUGAUGGACAUGUGGAUGCCCAUCUGCAUGGCUGGAAAGCGAAAUCUGCAGAGCACAAUUUAUUUUGCACGACCCUACGAUCUGAAAGAGAUGACGCUGGCGGCCCGCAUCCAGUUUGUGCGGCCCACGGUGUUCCUCGGUGUCCCACGCGUCUACGAGAAGAUGCAGAGCAGGAUGAUGGCCGUCGCAUCGACAAUCACAGGUGUCAAGAAGUCCAUCGCCACUUGGGCAAAGGGCAAGGGCUUGGAAUACUGCCGAAAUCAACAGGCUGGCGGUUCAAGGGCUAAGCCGCUCUUUCACUCCAUUGCAGACAAAGUUAUUCUCUCCAAAGCUCGCGAUGCACUUGGUUUGGAUCAGUGCAAAGUCUUCAUUGUAGGUGCUGCCCCGAUCUCAGCCGACACACUCGAGUACUUCGGCCAGCUCGGCAUGAUGAUCCAGAAUGUUUAUGGCAUGAGCGAGUCAUCCGGGCUGACCACACUCUGCAUGCCAUCAUGGAAUGCCUUUGGCACAGUGGGUCAGGCACUACCUGGCAUCGAAGUCAAGUGUUUCAAGACUGGGCCAAGCGGAGAGAACGUGGAGGUCCCUCGAUGUCAGCCUGGUGCCAAAGUCGUGCCGGAAGACUGCCAGGGUGAGAUCUGCUUCCGCGGCCGGCACAUCAUGAGUGGCUAUAUGGCUAACCCCAGGUUUGGUGAAGCUCACAUCAAGGAGAUACGGGAAAAGAACGCAAGCACCAUCGACAAGGAUGGAUGGCUGCACAGCGGCGACAAGGGCUGUAUGGACAGCAACGGCGUUGUGCGCAUCACCGGUCGUUACAAGGAGCUCAUCAUUGGAGCAGGCGGCGAGAACAUCGCACCCGUGCCAGUUGAGGACAAGGUGAAGCAGAUGGCACCAGCCCUCUCAAACGUCAUGAUGGUUGGCGACAACCGACGCUUCAACAUUGCUUUGGUGACGCUGCUGGCGGAGGGCGCCACAGGCGAACUCCCAGGAGGUGACAGCCUCACCGGAGCAGCGCUUGAGGUGAACCCAGCUGUGAAGACCAUCUCUGAAGCGGUGAAGGACCCUGUGUGGCAGAAGUACAUUCAGGAUGCUAUUGACGCAGCCAACUCUGAUACGACUGUUUGCCAAAACAACAACUGGAAGAUACAGAAGUUCGCCAUCGCUCCCCGAGAUUUUUCGGUGGAGACAGGAGAAUUCACGCCGACAAUGAAGCUUAAGCGGUCUGUGACUGAGGAGAUGUGGAAAGACCUGAUUGACCCGCUCUACAGCUGA